AUGGCAUCUCGUGCACGUAUAGAAAAAAUGUCGGCCGAAGUGGUCGAUUCAAAUCCCUAUAGUCGUUUAAUGGCAUUACAACGAAUGGGAAUUGUAAAAGAUUAUGAACGUAUACGACAAUUUUCAGUUAUGAUUGUUGGUGUAGGUGGUGUUGGAAGUGUAGCAGCAGA